CCUAAAGUCUGCAUGGGUUUCUGUGCCACACUACAUUCUGACGAGAGGGGAGAGUGUGACCAAAAGGAUGGAGGAGAGAAGAAGUAUGGAGAAAAGGAAUGGGAGAAGUGCUCCUCACAGUGUGACAGGAACUCUCUGAUUGAGCAUAAUGGACAGUGGAGGAUAGCCAGAGCAGUAGAGGCAGACACUGAAGAAAUCCUUCCCAAGCCGUACAUGAGAGACUUAGUUAUGUACGAUGGAUUCAACCAGCUAAAUGAGGAGAGGGUGGGAAAUCAGCUGGUCCUCUCCUCUCUCUCAAGGGCUCUCAAUGAGGUUAAGAAGGACACAGCUUUUUGGAGGUCAUUGAGAGAGGGGAUCAAUACAUUUACGAGAGAAAACGAGAGAAUUAAAGAUGAGAUGAAGAAGAAAGACAUGAGGAACUUUAACAGUGCCAAAGAUCGAAGGGCAGAGAGAAAGAGGGCAAGGAGGAGGGAGCGAGAGCGGGAGAGGAACUGUGAUUUGACCACAUGGAUGCCCUCCCGGUCCGGAAUGGAAAGUUCCAUUAUAGGACUCCGUCCCAGGCCUCCGUCCCAGCCACUGCUCAGAGAACCAGUCUUAGCCAGAACCAGCUUCAGCCGCACCGACGCCAGAACGAUAAAGGUUAGGGAGAUGAUCCUGCAAAGGAGCCGCAUUGCCUACAAGAUCAAGUGCCUGCAACGCCGGAAAGCGGCUGCUGAGGGGUUGACACUGACUGAGGGAGGUGGAGGACCUGAGGAUGGGGGUGACGGAGAGACAGUGAUGGACAUUACAGGGCAAAGUAAGAAAGCCUCAAAGCGCAAGGGGUCAAAGGGCAAAGAGAGUGGAGGAGGGGAAGGUAGUGACUGGGCCAAAUUCGGUCUGGAGGAAAUUGUGGAGACCGAUGACAGGAAUAAAGAGAAGAGAACCAAAGUACGGACAGGGCAGAGAAGUAAGGACAAGCGAAGAGAAGAACGAGAGAGACAAAGAUGUAGUAAGGAAACAGAUUUGAUCUCAGACGAAUUAGCAAGAAUGGACAUAGAAAAAAUAGAUGGACAUAAAGCGGAUGAGACGAUUAGCAAGAUCUCUGAGGAAAAUAUUUCUAACAACUGUUGCGUAGAGACAAAUGAGGGAGAAAAAUAUGAUAGAAAACAGAUUAAAGAAAAGACGAGCAGAACAAAUGUACAUACUGAUGAGGGAGUGAUGAGCAAAGCAUCAUGGGAAAGAGAAGAGGCUGGAGAGGAGAAUGCUAAGACAUUUCAAGAGAGCUUAAAAGUCCAGGAGGUCAUAGAUGGAGAGGAAGGUCCUACAGGAAGAAAGUUAGAGCAUCAGAAGGCCAGAGACAGUGAGGAGAUACAAAACAGUGAUGGAUAUGUGAAAAUGAGAGAGAUUGGUAAAAGAAAGGAAGUGGAGGUAGAGGUUACAAAAAUCUGUACCUCCUGUGAUGAAAUGUCCAUCAUGGUUCUGGAGAACCAAGGCAAUGCUAGGCCUAUGACAGACUCCCAGACUCCAUUGAAGGGCAAAGGAAAGCAACAACAUAGCCUUCCAUACAAGAGAACAGAAGGACUUCAAGAGGAGAUCAAUUCAAAGGGUGAAAUGCUUCAGGGUGGAAGACAAGUAAACUUCCCUUGGUGUCAGGCACAGAAACACAGAAGUCCGGGUGUGUUGGGUGAUGUUGCAGGCUUCUGGAGAAAGGAGAAAAGAGUCCACAAGGAGAAAGACAGAGAGGAGAAGGACAGAGUGGGCCAGACAUGGCGAGACCAGGGGGGAAAUGACAGGGAGCAAUGGAAUGGAGAGACAGAGAGGGGUGGAGUUGGUAGGAGUAGAAGAGCUAGACAGAGAGGAAACCAGUUGCUGCUUUUUUCUAGGCAAAAGCACAGCAACUGGAAUGACUCUCGUCCAUCAGAGAGCAGCUGUGACUGGAGGAGCAGGGAGAAAGAGGUGCCUGAGAAACAUGUUGAGAGUAGGAUGGAUAGGCAGAGAGGUGAGAGGCCUCUGAAGAGGGAAAAGAGCUAAAGGAACGAAAUUAAUUGAUGUGUGUUAAAUAAAUAUUAUUUCAGAUAUCAGAAA